CGGCGCGGGGCACUGUCCGGAACAUCCGGCUGUGGCUCCUCAACAUAAACAGCUAUGGCGGAGGCAGCAGCAGCAGCGUCCGCGGCGGCGUCAGGAGUAACAGGAGGCUGGACCAAACACGUAACCUGCAGAUAUUUCAUGCAUGGACUCUGCAAAGAGGGAGAAAACUGCCGAUAUUCCCACGAUCUGACCAGCAGCCAACCUGCAGCCAUGAUUUGCAAGUUCUUUCAGAAAGGAAACUGUGUGUUUGGGGACCGUUGCAGGUUUGAACACUGUAAACCGGCAAAAAACGAGGAGCCGCCCACACCACAGAUGCUGCCGCUGCCCUCCGCCCCGCUGGCCGGCCCGUCAGACCCAGAACCCAGUGGGCCAACACCUGGCACAGGGGCACAAGACUGGGUCAACGCUGCUGAGUUUGUUCCAGGACAGCCGUACUGUGGACGGGCUGAGCCAGUGAAGGUGGAGAGCACCGGCCCUCUCAUCGAGGAGUUUGACAGCGACACGGCACAGAACAACAAACAGCUGAGGAAGCAGCUCUGCCCGUACGCCGCUGUCGGAGAGUGCCGCUACGGAAUCAACUGUGCCUAUCUCCACGGAGACGUGUGUGAUAUGUGUGGCCUUCAGGUGCUCCACCCCACUGACAGCAACCAGCGCUCAGAGCACACUAAGGCGUGCAUUGAGGCCCAUGAGAAAGACAUGGAGAUUUCGUUCGCCAUCCAGCGCAGCAAGGACAUGAUGUGCGGUGUGUGUAUGGAGGUGGUGUUUGAGAAGGCCAACCCAAGCGAGCGCCGCUUUGGCAUCCUCUCCAACUGCAGCCACUGCUACUGUCUAAAGUGCAUUCGCAAGUGGAGGAGCGCCAAGCAGUUUGAGAGCAAAAUCAUCAAGUCUUGCCCAGAGUGUCGAAUCACAUCCAACUUUGUCAUCCCCAGCGAGUACUGGGUGGAAGAUAAGGAAGACAAACAGAAACUCAUCCAGAAAUACAAGGACGGCAUGGGGACUAAACCGUGUCGAUACUUUGACGAGGGCCGUGGAACAUGCCCUUUUGGCUCGAAUUGCUUCUACAAGCAUGCCUUCCCUGAUGGGCGGCUGGAGGAAGCUCAACCCCAGCGUAGACAGACGGGAUCGAACAGCAGAAACCGGAACUCGAGGCGAACACCGCUGUGGGACAUCUUUGACGAGAGGGAAAGCACCGACUCCUUCGACAACGAGGACGAGGAGAUGGUGACGUUCGAGCUGAGCGAGAUGCUCCUCAUGCUGCUCGCCGCAGGAACCGACGACGAGGUGACAGACUCAGAGGACGAAUGGGACUUGUUUCACGAGGAGCUGGACGAUUUCUAUGAAAUUUACCUAUAGCAGCCCCCCCCACUAUCCCCCCCCCCAUGCCCCCAUGUAUACUAGACACUAGAAUGGACUGUCUUGUGCGAGUGAUGGACAGUAGCUUUUUUUCCCCACCCUCUGUAUUGUGGCAGUGCCUUUCAGCAGGCCAUUAAUAAAUGAACUUGAUAAAAGAUAAAAGGAAAAAAAAAAAUCCAACACGUCAGUGCGCUCGUGCUAAACAUUUUCUAGACAUCUAUCCUUGUGAGUCUAUCUUGUGCGGUUCAUGUUAAAAGGAAAAAUAAGAAAAUGAACUCGAUAUAAGAUUUAACGAAAAUUAUAACUUUCUUCAAGUAUUGCUAAUAAAAGUUGUUAAGUUCAUUUGUGGGUGUGGGUUUGACUUGUUUAUCAUCUACCCAGGUGUUUGUACAUAAUACUGAGACUCUGAGGAUGCACUCGAACUUACUCGGCUCCAUGUACUGUAACAGUGAUGGGCAUGUUGUAAGAUUUUACAAACGGUUUCUGAAGGCCGAAAUGUUUUUUUUUUUUCUUUAUUAAAGUUGCUGAUAGCCAAUAUAUUGUGCUGAUGUUUAAUAAAUUGACCAUAAUCACUUUCAUGUUGUACUGGAAAGUAUUUUCCGUGUCCCCCCCUAUAGAGGUCUUUACUUUCUUUUUCCAGCAUUUAAAAAAAACCCUUUUAUGAGACAUUUAGAUCAUAUACACAAACUGUGUGUGAAACUCAUGUAGGGUUGUGUCUUUGCACCGUGCGGCAGAGUGAAGUCUAUAGCCCUCAUCGUCAGGUGGCCAUCUUUGUAACUGGGACACUUCAGUCGCUGAGUAGCUCAUUGAAUUAGUUACUCAAAGAAAAAUUCAAACAUGUUGUAAAAGUCAGGAGGACACUCACUGGCUGGAAUAUAUGGAAACAAAUAUGACCCGAAAAUAUUUUGAGCUUAUGAAAUGAAGUUUAAAGUUUAUGAACGUGUAAAAUCGAAACUGGUUGUCAAAAUAACGAGAAAAAGUUUCAAAACUACAUAAAACAAUGAUUGGGUUACACAAAUCCUCUCUUUUGCAGUAAUUUGUAUGUUAACACAACUUUGUUUUUAUCUCAUAAACUCAAAAUUGGAAACAACGGAAAUGUUUCCUGCCCGUAGAGCGCUGCUCAGUGCUGCCUCUGGUGAUAGAAAGCUGUAUUGCAGCAAUACUACUGAACAAAAUACACUGUAUCUUUAAGAGGAACACGUUUUAUGAGCUGCUCAAUGGCUAAAGUGUCUCGGGUACAGGGAUCUGUGAUUGUGUGACAAAGUGGCUAAGAGCCACGUGAUCCCCACCUUCCUCUUGUCGGCACACCCUCUGUAAAGCCAUUCAGUUGGUCUGGGAAACAUACAAAGUGAUUUUUCUGUGCAGCUAAGGUCAAAUGUUAUGUUAACGUAAGGUUUUCCAGAUCCGUUUUAUCGUUCUGUGAUUCCUACCUGUAGCUUUGGGUCAGACAUUCAUCAGCAAACUGCUUUCAGUCAAAUGGACAAAAUAAAGAUGGAGGGAAAUGUUCUCCCUUUCACUAUUCUGAGUCGCAGUGUCCGCAGGACGUCUGUGAUACCACAAGACAAUUCUAAAAGGUCAACACUUGUGACUAAAAAAAAAAACUCAU